AUGGCGCCGAUUACAGCUCAGAAUAUGGAAUAUGAUGAUGCACUCUGGGCCAAGUCAGACGAGAUGCUAGAGGCAUGGAAGGACAAAAUUUUCAAGCAGGACGUUUUGCGUGAGGUUGGGCGGUUCAUCGCUGAGCGAAAGGGAGGGCUCCCUGACGAGCUCUUUACUCCUCGGCGAGGCGCAUUCAACCUAUGUUUUCAUAUGGCAUUCAAGAAUGGGAGCGGGGCAAUGCUACGAUUCCCGAUUCCAGGAUCAUCGAUGUUCCCGGAAGAAAAAGUCAAACGCGAAGUCGCUGUUAUGCAGUUCCUAGAGUAUUUCACCUCUUUUCGUGUCCCUCAUGUCUUCCAGCACGGAUGCGCGAAGGACAGUCCGGUGGAACUCGGCCCAUUCAUCCUCAUGGAAUACAUCAACCAUGAGACCAACUUUAUCAAGCCCCUCAAUACGCCCGGUCUUACCGGUGCUGACAGGCCAAUCCUGGACCCGAAUGUCGAGGUUGAAACUCUGGAAAGUAUCUAUGGCCAGAUGGCGGAUGUUAUGCUCCAGAUCGCAAAGCCAACAUUUUCCGGAAUCGGCUGCAUCGACAAGGCAAACCCGGACGACGAAUUCGACGAUACCUGGAUAGCCAAACACCGCCCACUCACCUUCAACAUGAACGAGCUGGUGCAGUUGGGCGGAGUCGCGCCAGACCAGCUCCCGCAGCAUCCCUUUGAAACUGCCUCGUCCUUCUACCAAGCCCUAGCUGAACUGCACAUGGUCCACCUCGCCUCGCAGCGAAACGACGCUAUCGCAUCAGCAGAAGACUGCCGCCAGAAAUAUGUUGCGCGUUGUCUGUUCCGCAAGAUCGCCUGCGAGCAUAAGCUCAGCCCAAACGAUGCCGGGCCCUUCAGGUUAUUUUGUGACGAUUUCAGGCCUGCAAAUGUGCUUGCAGGGAAAGGCAACCAGCUUGCCGCGGUCAUUGACCUGGAGUAUACCUACUCGGCACCGACGGGUUAUGCCUAUGAUCCGCCUUCCUGGUUGCUACUAGAACAACCAGAGUCAUGGGAACCAGGCUUGGACGACUGGGUUGAGAAGUACGAGAAGGUGCUCCCGACUUUCCUGAAGGCGCUGAAAGCAAAGGAAGACGCUGGGAUCGAGCGAGGUGUUCUCAAAGAGGAGCAUCGCUUAUCGCAUCAUAUGUUGAAGAGUUGGGAGAGCGGCGACUUCUGGGUCAACUAUGCCGCCAGAAAGAGCUGGGCGUUUGAUUUGGUUUACUGGGCGAAGAUCGAUAGGAGGUUCUUUGGCGAGGGGGAUAUCGAGGAUCGUCUGAAGCUUCUGACUGAGGAGGAAAGGGCAGCAAUGGAUGGAUUUGUGGAGAUGAAAUUGAAGCAGAAGGAAGAAGGUGGAUUGGGGGACUGGGAUGGUAUACAACAGGCGUUGGAAGAGAUCGAGAAGCAGACUCUAGCGAAUUCCUAG